AGGUGAGUCUGAACAGCGGUUAGACUCUACGCCCAGCUGAGCGUACCUGCGAGGACAAAACGAGACUUUGCUGUGUUUUCGAAGUAUUAUGGUUUUCGUAAAUUGAUCCCGAAUGUGAUCGCCCGACAGACACUGAAACAUAAAACUUCAUUUAAAAAGACUCACCUGUGGUCGACAUGGAAACGAGACUGCGGGGGCUCGGUCGUUGUUCCUGUGCCUUCUGGCUCGCAGUGGCCUUUGAUGUAUUCGGCCUGGUGGUGCUGCUGGUGGGGGUUUUCGGAGACCUGUUUUUCUACGACUUUCUCAUCUACGCCGGCGCUAUCAUCAUCUUCCUGAGCCUCAUCUGGUGGGUGUUCUGGUAUACGGGAAACAUCGAGGUACCUCCAGAGGAACUGGAGGAUGACGUGGGACUGCUGAAAAAGGACAGGGGUAUCAUGGGUGCAGUGAGAAGACUCUCCAGCCGGCUUUCCAACGGAAUACGAAACUCCUUCAGAAGAAACGGUGGGGUCAGCGGUCGCCGCGAGGGGCCCGCGACCAUGCCCAGACAACCCACGCAAGGCAGGGAUGCCCCACAGCCAACGCCAGUGACACUUCCUAUGGCUCCGUGCGACAGCGUGCACACCGUAUCCGCCGCUGUUGGCGGCGAGGUGGCACCUAUCGCGACCACAUCUACGGAAACCUCAGCUAUAUGACCAGCAAAGAACUCGACAGCCAACCUAGAGAAGUGCGGCCCUCUUCCAACACUGGCACCACGCGUCCUGUCAGUCAACUCCCCUGACCUGAGUGUGCUGUGCCCCCGCUCGUCUUCAACCUUUUUUUACCUAUACUGUUUACAAGUGCUUAACGCUUUUGACACAUGAAGUUUGAUUGCCUACAAUUUUGUGGAAUGGAUCUAAUUUUAUUUGGAUUUGAAGUAGCCUAACCUAUAUUUUUGUUGUUUUGUCCUGUGAAUAAUUGUAUGGAAAAAUAAUGC